UGAGGUACAAUUUUUGUCUAUUUGAAGGAUAGUGAGUUAAAUUGUUAUUUACUGAUUGGUUAAGUAUUAUAUCUUUGAGUGAUACAAUUGCAAAAAUUUUCCGUAAACUUUGGUGACAUUGGUUAAGAUUUUUCUGGAAACAAUUAAUAAUCUUUACAUUUGGCUUAUCUGCUUUAACUGGGUCAAUAAACGUUGAGUCAAAAUGUAAUUUCAAUUGUUUACUAGAGUAAUUUGAUUUUUUCAAUUUUUCCAUGGAUUAUUUUGCUCUUUUGGUUUAUUCCCAUAACCUUUCAUGAAUCUCAAUCUCAUUCAACCCAAUUCAAUCCAUUCAUCUUCAACUUUUAAUGGACAACUUUAUUUUCAUUAACGGUCAUUAUCCUUGUGCCAUUGUUGAAUACAUGUUAUGCUCAUAAAGUAUUUCAUCUUCAAUCAAAUUCAAUUGUAGUUCUUUGAAUCUUGCCCAUGAACCUAACUUGUUCAACUAAUCAACAGUGACUUCUGCUGGUUAUUAAACAAUCAGCAAGGCUUUCUUAAUUAGUAUGUUUUCCCAUCUUAUGGAUUCUUUUGAUUGACUAAACAGUAUUUAAAGCAUUAGAAUCCAAUGUUUCCAAUUGUGCAGUAUUUAGUGUUUGGCAAAAGAUCAAUUCUUCCACGAGAUUCAAAAUUUCAAUGUUCACUCUAAUUAGUGUAAUCAUUUUAUUUGCAUCAAUUACAUGUUUUAUAACUGUGAUUAAUGUACCUGAAGAUUCAAACAGAAUCCUUCAAUGUAACCUGUGCUCAUUUUUAUAGUUGAAUUUUUCAGAUUAAUUACAACGUACAAUUUUUAUGCUUCUACCAAGUUUAGUCAUUGACAUUACUUGAUUCAAUCCUUAACAUUUAUAUGUUAUGAAUUCAAGUGUCUUUGUACGAGUUUAAUGUGAAUGCGAGUAAGAAUGUCACCUCCAUCAGGUCAACCCAUUUUCGUGUACACAGUGUCAUUUUUGUCUGCCAUCGGUGGUUUCCUCUUUGGCUAUGACACUGGUAUUGUUUCUGGUGCCAUGGUUUUGAUUAAAAAGCAGUUGGAUCUGAACGACAUUUGGCAAGAGCUGAUUAUCAGCAUAACUCUAGUAUUUGCUUGGAUAUUUAGUACAAUUGUUGGAUACUUUACUGAUCGUCUUGGCCGUCGACCAGUCAUUCUGUUUGCUUCAACUGUAUUUACUCUAGGCUCAGUAGUUAUGGCCAUCGCAAUGGGCAAGUGGACUUUGCUCAUUGGCCGAGCAAUCGUCGGUGUUGGCAUUGGACUAUCAUCCAUGGUCAUUCCCAUGUAUGUAGCUGAAGUGGCUCCUAGUAGCAUUCGUGGAUCUCUCGUCACAAUCAACACUUGCUUCAUCACCGGCGGACAGUUCAUUGCUUCUGUAACUGCUGGUUUCUUGAGUUAUUUAGAUCAUGAUCUUGCUUGGAGGUUAAUGUUGGGUAUUGCCGGUAUUCCUGCGUUUCUCCAAUUCAUUGGAUUCUUCUUCAUGCCUGAAUCACCUCGUUGGUUGGUCAAGAAAGGCAAAGACGAGCAAGCUAAAGCCAUUUUAUGCCGAAUUCGUAGUUGCGAGAGAGCAGCUCAACUGGAAUAUGAAAUGAUCAAAGACAGUUGCAUUGCCGAAGAAGAGUCAAAUGUUGAAACUAACAAUGCUAGUGUUUUAUCAAAAGUAUUUGCAUCUCAACCGUUGAGACGAGCUCUAUUGGUUGGAUGUGCACUGCAAGCUGUUGCUCAAUUAUCUGGAAUCAACACUGUUAUGUAUUAUAGUGCGACAAUCAUUCAAAUGUCCGGUGUUUACGAAGAAACAUUGGCCAUUUGGUUAGCCGCUGCUGUGGCUUCUGUAAAUUUCCUUUGUACAUUUAUUGGAUUCUAUCUGGUUGAAAGAACUGGUCGACGUAAGCUAACUCUUGGAUCACUUUCUGGUGUAAUACUUAGUUUAGCCGUUCUUGCCGCUGGCUUUCAAUUGACUGAACGUGAAUCUCCCGCCAUUCACCCUGAACCUUUAAAUUCAUCAUUACCAUUUUCAUUCUCUGCUGAUAUGGACAUUUGCUCAAUUCAAACAUCAUGUCGUAGCUGCAUCGCACGACCUGAAUGUGGAUUUUGUUUCUCUGAUUAUCCUCCAUGGGAGAAUGGAUCGUGUCUUUUGACCGCAAGAACGCCUCAAUCAGAAUGGGAUGAAAGCAAAUCUCAAUAUGGAACUUGUUCCAAUGGAACAAUUGUGCCAAAAAAAUUAGUUUGGGCUUACGAUUGGUGUCCAUCUAAAUAUGCUUGGCUCACAAUAAUGGGUUUAUGUCUUUACUUAUUCUUUUUCGCACCCGGAAUGGGUCCCAUGCCAUGGACUAUCAAUGCUGAAAUUUAUCCAUUCUGGGCUCGUGGUACUUGCUAUUCAAUAUCCACUUCAGCCAAUUGGGCUUUCAAUCUACUCGUUUCAUUGACAUUCCUUUCCUUGACUAAGGCCAUCACAAAAUACGGAGCUUUCUGGCUUUACUGUGGCUUUGCCAUUGUUGGUUGGAUAUUCUUCUUUUUCGAGUUACCUGAAACACGGGGAAUGUCACUUGAAAAUGUCGAAGAAUUGUUUGACAAAUCGAAGAACAAAAGCAAAUCAAAGAAACAACCAGUCUCAGCUUCUAGUGUAACAAUCAACAGCAAAACACCGAUAGUGAAACACUGAAGAGGUCAUAAAAUAACUUGAAGCAACUCGUUGUGACGAUCAUAUGAGAUCGAUGGAUGCAAUUUUUAUUUUUGUUUUUUAAACAUAAAUUUUUAACAUGUACAAAGAAGAACGACGAUAAGUUGUUGAACUUUUACCAUCACUACUAUUCCAAUUUCAACAUAGUUUGUGUAUUUUAAUUGUCAAAUAUUGUAAAAAUUCAAAUUGUAUAAUUAAUCUAGUUUCAUUAAUUUUCUUUAAAUGUAAAUGCAAUGCAUUUCAGUUAAAAUUUAAUUGUAAAAACCAAUUAAGAGUUGGUAAUCAAUGAAGUAUUUCUUCCAAUUUCAGUUUUAUGCCCUUUAAUUCAAAAACGAACCCAAAGCGAUCUUGUUGAAGCCAAUGUCUCUGUGAUUUCAAACUUCCAAGCUUCUACAAAUAAAUCUAACUUAAAAAAAUUAAAA